AUGGAGGUCCGCUGCGACGAGACGAAACCAAGCUGUGCGAACUGCGAUAGACUGCGCCUGCGAUGCAUUUAUAAACCGCCCAUCGCCCUCGGCGGUACAUGGGCCGCCUCAUCACGCCAAUCCAACGAGCCCACAGAAUCACCGCCCGCCGCGUCGCAAGCUGCUCAAGUUGCUCCAUCCCCUGCAAUGGGAUCAGCUGCGGCCGCAGCUGCAGUCGCUGCAGCGGCUGUAGCCUCGCAGCGUUCGCCCGAUGCCAACUUCUUCAAUACCGUCCUUCGAUCCUCCGAGGAGCGAAACCGUCCCAGACCUGCACCGGCGACACCAACGCACCGUCUGCCUUCUAGUUCCGACUCAUACCCGCCGGAAUUAGGAGUACCGUUCGACAUGCUUGGAUUUAUGGGGGAAAUCACGUCCGAGUUGGAACAGAAACAUCUCGAUCUGACCAGUGGGCUGUCUGCGUUUACUACGAGUCCUGCUUCCCAAUCGCUGCCAGCCGGCAUGGCGUUGAACAUCGCCGACGAGGCACAAUUUAUCGGAGAGAGGCGAUCCCCGCUGAGUCCUGAUGGUCGGUCGUCACUUGUAGAUGGAAUGUCGAUUGGCAGUGCCUCCGAUGCUGCAACUACCCGCCGUAGUUGGUCCGAUCCGGGUAGCACUACAUAUGAGGAGCAGCUUCUCCAGCAUUUCUUAGACAUCGAUCCACCUGCCGCUAUUUUUGGCCCGGUGGAAAUGGAGUGGAAAUACGUUCGCCCGUCGGUUCUGGCUCAUGCGCGCGACUUCAGUCCGCUUCUGAAUGCCCUGUACUGCUACGCAGAUGUCCAUAAGGGAGUGGCGGAAGGGAAACGAUGGCGCUGGGCACCGACAUAUUACCGGGUAGCGAGUUCAGAAAUCCAAGCAUGUCUACUUGGAGAUGUGUCGGAUUCCAUCUUGGUCAAAACUUUCGCGGCCGUAUUUUUCUUAAUGUUGUCCGAGCUCUUUUCAUCGCCCGAAAUAUGUGCUCAAGGCACAUCAUAUCUUCAUUCUUCAUACCUUCUACUACAACGAUUUCAUUACCGCACGCAAACAUGGACGGGGCUGGGUCAUUUAUUGGCGUCUUGGAUAUCGCUACUCGAUGUCAAAUCACUUAUCGCAGGCCGUGAUGGUGAUCCACUGAUCGACCUGGGAAGGAUUGCUGAAAAUAAAACAAUAGGAAUUCCCUCGGGCCCGAAAAGCCCUCGACUAUCUCAAAAAACCAGCUCGGACGAAGAGCGCAAAGAGGCAGAUGGGAAUGAAGACCCCUUUCGCAGUCCAAGCUACUUGGUCUACGAGGCGAUAGUAGGCCCAGCAUUUCGAUUCUUCGUAAAGGCCCAGCAGAUCCUGAGACGGAUUGUUUCUAUCGACCUCCAUCAUCGCAGCAGGGGUACCCUGAGCGAUGAAUUUGAGGUCCUCCAAAUUGCGCACAAAGUGGGCGCAGACCUCGAAACGCUUUGGUAUAGCCGCCCAUCCGUGAUCGAUGUAUACGGAAACCCAGACGCGCUAUCAGACACGCUCUGCACCCAUGUUGCUCUCGAGGUCUGCCGCACAUUCCGCCAAUACGUAGCUAACUUCCUGGCCAACUUCAUCUACCUACACCGCGUCGCAUUCGCCAUCUACCCUCGGACUGAUCGUGUUAAUGGUGCGGUGGACCAAAUCAUUCAGCUCGCCACCCUAGAGUCUGCUGGUGCGGAAUCAGCACGCCUCCCAGUUAGCUUCUUGUGGCCACUCUUUGUUGCAGGCUUGGAAGGCUCCAAUGACCAGCGACAAUGGAUUGUCCAGGAAAUGCAGCGAAUGGCCUCCGCAAAUGAAGAUGAACCAGGGUCGUCAACAACCCUCUCACGCCAUCCAUCCGUAGACAAGGUCAUACUACUGCUGGAAGAGAUGGCUCGGCGGCAAGAUGUCUCUCGGUCGUGGGCGGACUCUCGAUGUGUACGCCGCGAGCUCUUCCCCGACUUUUUUGUGAUGAUUUGA